AGUGUUAAUUUUCCAUUAGUUUUCUCACCUUAUCCUUAGGCCCAUCAGAUGCCACACAAAUGGCAGAAUGUAACCUUCCUGUCACCGAUGUUUUGUGAUCAUUGCGGUUCUCUUUUACACGGUAUCACACAUAAAGGUCUAAAAUGUCGAGCAUGUGACAUGAACGUACAUGCACGUUGCAAAGAGAACGUGCCCAGCUUAUGCGGAUGUGAUCACACUGAACGACGUGGACGUAUUCUAUUGGAAUUAGUUGUUAAGGAAAAUACUCUAACCGUACAGAUCAAAGAGGGACGUAAUCUCAUUCCAAUGGAUCCAAAUGGCUUAAGUGAUCCAUAUGUUAAAGUUAAAUUAAUACCCGAUGAACAUGAUAAAGGCAAAAAGAAGACACGCACCAUAAAGGCAUCAUUGAAUCCAAUAUGGAAUGAAACUAUAACAUAUGAACUUAAAGCUGAGGACAAAGAUCGUCGCGUUUUAAUAGAAGUUUGGGAUUGGGAUCGUACUUCACGUAACGAUUUUAUGGGUGCUUUAUCGUUUGGCAUUUCGGAAAUUAUCAAGAAUCCUGCCAAUGGCUGGUUCAAAUUGCUAACCCAAGAAGAGGGUGAAUACUAUAAUGUGCCAUGUGCUGAUGCUACACAAGAUCUACUCAAACUUAAAUCGCAAAUGAGAAAAUCUUCCCAAAGAAAACCCAUGGUUAUGCGCUCCGAAACAAAUCAAAAUGUUGGCAAAACUGAUAUGAUCAGAGCAUCAGAUUUUAAUUUCAUAAAAGUUUUAGGCAAAGGUUCAUUUGGCAAGGUCUUACUAGCAGAACGCAAGGGCACUGAGGAACUAUAUGCCAUUAAAAUCCUAAAAAAAGAUGUCAUAAUACAAGACGAUGAUGUUGAGUGUACCAUGAUUGAGAAGCGUGUCUUGGCCUUGAGUGAAAAACCACCAUUUUUGGUACAAUUACAUUCCUGCUUCCAGACAUUGGAUCGUCUAUUUUUCGUUAUGGAAUAUGUUAAUGGCGGUGAUUUAAUGUUUCAAAUACAACAGUUUGGCAAAUUUAAAGAGCCAGUUGCUGUAUUUUAUGCUGCCGAAAUAGCGGCCGGUUUGUUUUUCUUGCACAGCAAGGGCAUUUUAUAUAGAGAUUUGAAAUUGGAUAAUGUUUUAUUGGAUUCAGAUGGUCAUGUGAAAAUAGCCGAUUUUGGCAUGUGUAAAGAGAAUAUUUUAGGUGAUAAGACGACAAAAACCUUUUGUGGCACACCGGAUUAUAUAGCACCAGAGAUUAUUUUAUAUCAACCUUAUGGCAAAUCGGUAGAUUGGUGGGCUUAUGGUGUUUUACUGUAUGAGAUGCUGGUGGGUCAACCACCUUUCGAUGGUGAGGAUGAGGAGGAAUUGUUUGCCGCUAUAACAGAUCAUAAUGUUUCCUAUCCCAAGAGUUUAAGUAAAGAGGCCAAAGAGGCUUGCAAAGGCUUUUUAACUAAACAACCUAAUAAACGUUUGGGCUGUGGACCAUCGGGUGAGGAAGAUGUGCGUUUGCACCCCUUCUUUAGACGCAUAGACUGGGAGAAAAUAGAAAAUCGUGAAGUUCAGCCACCGUUUAAACCGAAAAUUAAACACCGCAAAGAUGUCUCCAAUUUCGAUAAACAAUUUACUUCGGAAAAAACCGAUCUAACACCCACUGACAAAGUAUUCAUGAUGAAUUUAGAUCAAAGCGAAUUUGUUGGUUUCUCCUACAUGAAUCCCGACUAUGUAGUGCCACUAUAAAAAGCCUGCGAUUGCAGUAACAAGUAAAACGAACAAAAACAAACAACAGUAAAAAAAUUAAGCGGCAAAAGCUCUAGGUACAAAAUACUACUACUACUCGAGUAUAGGAAUAACACAAGUCCAAUGAUUGAAAUUUAAAAAAAAAAAAAAAACAGAAAAGAAUAUUGAAGAAAAAAGUUUGUUUGAGCCAAACAAACACUCUACAACAUUGG